CGCAAAUCUCGUACUUCUCUCGACAAAUAUCAUUCAGUCACAGCUCUCUUUAUUCGCUUCGUAAAAUACCAGCCAGAAUCUUCUUCUUCACUGAAACAGCUAGGGAGCGAUGGCUUCUUCUUCAGCAGUAGCAAGUACACCUUCAAGCACAUGGGCUAGAAGAAGAUUUUCUUCUUCAACUUCUUCAUUGUUCAUGGAGAUGGGUUCCUCUAAUUCAACCGCCAUUUCCUUGAAAAGGCCUACCAAAAAACACACCGUACGUUGCUCACUCAAAACGCUCCCAUUCCAUAAUGCUACUCCCGCCAUUGCCCAUCUGAAAGACUCCGUUAACUCUUCUAUUUCUUCUUCUCCUCCAUCUUCAUGUACAGUCGAUAAGCCUUUUCCCUUCCAAUGGAACCUCUUACAGAAAACUGCAGCCAUGGCCUUCGACGUAAUGGAGUCUGCUUUAGUCUCACAUGAGCGUCAACACCCACUUCCCAAAACCGCCGAUCCAGAAGUUCAAAUUUCUGGUAAUUUCGCUCCAGUAACAGAGCAGCCCGUCCGGCACUCGUUACGGGUUUCAGGCAAAAUCCCUGACUGCGUACAGGGCGUCUACGUUCGGAACGGCGCGAACCCACUUCACGAACCCGUCUCCGGCCACCACUUAUUCGAUGGUGACGGCAUGGUCCAUGCGGUCCAAUUCAAGGAUGGCUCCGCUAGCUAUGCCUGCAGGUUCACCGAGACGCACCGGCUUUCUCAAGAGCGAGCUCUUGGUCGUCCUGUCUUCCCCAAGGCCAUAGGUGAGCUUCACGGCCACUCCGGUAUCGCCCGGCUCCUCCUGUUCUAUGCUCGAGGACUGUUCGGAAUUGUUGAUCCCAGCCACGGCAUGGGAGUGGCUAACGCUGGCCUCGUCUACUUCAACGGUCGUCUCCUCGCCAUGUCCGAAGACGAUUUACCAUACCAAGUUAAAGUUACUCCCGCCGGCGACCUCAAGACUGUAGGCCGCUAUGAUUUCGAUGGUCAGCUCCGCUCGACUAUGAUUGCUCACCCGAAAUUCGACCCUGUUUCCGGCGAGCUCUUCGCUCUCAGCUACGAUGUUGUCCAAAAACCAUACCUCAAGUACUUCCACUUCUCACCACAAGGAGAAAAAUCCUCUGAUGUUGAAAUUCCUCUAGCUGAGCCUACAAUGAUGCAUGACUUUGCGAUCACAGAGAGGUUUGUGGUGAUCCCGGACCAGCAGGUAGUGUUCAAGCUCCCGGAGAUGAUUCGUGGCGGCUCUCCGGUCAUUUACGACAAGACCAAGAUGUCCAGGUUCGGGAUUUUGGACAAGAAUGCCACCGAUGCUUCCGGGAUCAAAUGGAUUGAAGCCCCAGAUUGCUUCUGCUUCCACCUUUGGAACGCCUGGGAGGAGCCCGAGACCGAUGAGGUCAUAGUAAUUGGCUCUUGCAUGACUCCUCCUGACUCCAUUUUCAACGAAUGUGACGAGAGCUUGGACAGUGUGCUCUCUGAAAUUCGCCUUGACUUGAAGACUGGAAAGUCCACGCGCCAUCCCAUUUUAUCCGAUUCUGAACAGGUAAACUUAGAGGCCGGAAUGGUGAACCGGAACAUGCUCGGGAGGAAAACCCAGUUCGCAUAUUUAGCCCUUGCAGAGCCAUGGCCGAAAGUAUCUGGUUUUGCCAAAGUUGACCUAUUCACAGGAGAACUAAAGAAGUAUAUGUAUGGAGACGAGAAGUUCGGAGGCGAGCCUCUUUUCCUUCCCAGAAGCCCCGAUUCAGAGAAAGAAGACGACGGAUACAUCCUAGCUUUCGUCCACGACGAAAAGGAGUGGAAAUCAGAGCUACAAAUCGUAAAUGCCAUGGAUUUAAAGUUGGAAGCCACAGUUGAACUUCCGUCCCGGGUUCCAUAUGGCUUCCAUGGAACCUUCAUAAACGCAGAGGACUUAAAGCUGCAGGCUCAGGUUCGUUAAGGCCUGUGUUUCCCGGGGUGGUGAUCUUUCACGCACCGUGUUUGCAGGUUUUGUGAAUAUAUAUAUUAGAGUGGAGAUUUACCAGAGGGAUGCUCACAGAUACGUCCCCGGAAUCUCUACUUCUGUUGAGAGUGACAGCCCUUUUCUUUUUCAUCUUCAGUUUAUGAUUUGGUUAUGUUGAUUUGACUAGUGGAAGGUCUUUGGGAGAGAACCAGCUUGUAGCUCUUUGGGUGUAGAUAGAAAUGGAGCUCAGCUGGUUUAUCUCUCUGUUUUACCAUGAAGUUCUCUUCUGUAAGUACUACAUUCUGCUACUGUCUAUAUAAAAACCAGUACGAUUAUUCCUUUUGAAA